GAUUUGCUGAGGGCCGCCUCUAUGAGGAGCGCUUCCAUCUACCUAUAACGUGCCUCCUGCGAACCUUUGGCCUGCUGAUUGGCCCGCUGGGUACCGGCUACUCCCGUGACGACAAUGCCGCUCGGAUCCGAGACAUGAUGAACACCGGUGAGCUCUCCGAGGACACGGCGCGUCUUGCUUUGGCGACAAUCGCCGUCGAGAGCCCCAUGCGAGCGGCUGCGCUGCGCAGCAUGGUCUUCCUUCCUCGCCUUCCCCCUGUCACCCAACUUCAACAGCGGGGAGGCCUUCUUCAUUCCGCCAGCUUCAGCAUCACAUUCCGUUUUGUUAACGAGAAUGGUGCCAACAACAACUGCCUGCUCGAGGCAGCGAUUCGCAAGCUGCGUCUGGGGCGGCUUCGACUCUUCAAUGGACGGUCGGCUGAUCGUCUUCCCACCCCUAUCCCCGGACCAGCAGAACUGCGCCGGCUAGUGGUAGGGGACCUUGAACGACGGCGUGCUUCGGGUCAAUUGGACGCCUUCUUCGCGAGACCUCGCGACCACAUCUUGGACGUCAGGCGGAAUUCGUCACUUACCGAGUGUGACGUUCGCUCUCUGGCCAACGUGACGGCAGCCUCCAUCGUUCUCUGCGUCCUUGCCGAGGAACAGUUCGAAUACCCCACCGUCCCGCUCUUGCUUCGCGAGCAUGAGACAAUUCACCCCGAGGGCGGACGUGUGCAGCGGCCGAGGACGGCCCUGGAGCCCUUCCCUCCCCCCCCACCGAUUCUCUUCAUUUCCUACGCUGGCAACCACUUCAUGUCCCUACUACCGUUGGAUGAGAGUGAUCCCGCAGCGGGUGCGGAGGUUGCAGGCGACUGGUGCCGAUGUGUUGAGUGGCCGUGCGCCUGUAUGGAAGUCGCGAGAGAUGAUAGCCAUGCUGCGGGCCCGUCAGACGGCCUCGGGAAUCCAUCGGAGACACGUCCCCCUGCUGCCAUCAAUGGACCGACCCGCCUCGUACCGCCUCCCUCUCCCCCGGAGGGCAUCGCCAAUCCAGGGACCUCACCUCGCUCGGCCAUCCGACGCCAGCGUCGCACCGAUAGACAACGGCAAUGCCGCACCCGCCGGCGUUUGCAAGAGGAGGCGGCCGUACCGACCCGUAAGGAUUUGGAGGAGGAAGUGGCGUCCAGUGGCCUGGAAAAUCGACACGACCAGGACACCCACAUGGAUUCGGUCAAUGGCGAUGCAGCCCCGUCCACGGGAGAUGACCAAGAAGUCGAUAGGACGAACGAAGUGGGAGACACCAUGGAUGGACGUGGAUGGAUGGAUAUGGCGGAGGACCGCGAUUUGACAGUGGGCAGGGGAAGGGCAGAUGCCAGCGGGCAACUCACUCUGGAUGAGCUGAUAUCUCGCGAAGGCCGCGGAUCCUCGGGUGCAGAUCCAUCUUUGGCGGCGGGGCCGAAUAGCGGCGAUCGCCCCACACUUCCCCCCGAUCGGCCUGGGGCUCUGGCUGACAUGACGUCGCGCGAGGGCUACGACCCGGACAACUGUGACCCGCCCGAGGGCCUUCGAGAGUUGGUCGACAUCCUCGAUGCUUGGGAUGACACAAGAGAGCAUCUUCAACACCGACCCUCUGAUGCGGCAGAGAUCGCAGCACGCGAGGGCUUUGACCCGGAGAACUCAGAUCCUCCAGAAGGGCGUCGCGACCCGGGAGGCAUCUUCUCGGCUUGGCUCGAUGAUCCCGCCGCCCCUACGCCUCCCUCUCAGCCGCCGGCAGAUGUCCGCCGGCGCUCAGCCAGAAACAGAGGUUUUGGCAGAUGUAUGAUAUGUACGGCUUUCUGUGGCGGUCAAUGCUUCCGUCAGCAGGGUGCGGGGCAACCCAGGGGGAGGGGCCGCCGGGCCCGUGAGUUGCGACGACAGCGGACGGAGCCCGACCUUCCCCCGCCGCCCCCCUGUUCUAACCAAGCGGGCGGCUCUCAACCGCCUCCUUCGUCGUCCCCACCACCCCCACCACCGCCCCCGCCUCCUCCACCUUCCCCCCCGCCACCGUCACCACCUUCGAUCACCCGAGACACAGUCGUUCCGCCUCCAGACACCCGAGACACGCCCCCGGACACCCGAGAACGGUAGGUCGAGGCGGGGACGGUGAAGGAGGUGCUUCGCAGCCUGUACCGCCAACGCGCCGAGCUCGGGGGAGGGGUCGCGGUAGAGGAGCACGUGGAGCUCCACGAGGCGUCCGAGGUGCUCGAGGUAGGGGAGGAUUUGUGCCCCCGCCGCCGCCCGGCCCGCCACCCGGUGACCCGGGAGAUGGCGGGGCAGGAGAUGGUGACUCGGGCGGCAAUGGGCCGCCCCCAAACGGAGGAGGACCUCCCCCUCCCCCUGGUCCACAACCUGACCCGCCCCACGACUCCCACUGGUUUCGCUCGAAAGGAAUUUUCCCGCAGCGUGGGGUUGACUAUCUUCGCACUCUCACUGCCGAGCAACGGGAUGACCACUUUAAGCUGGGCAUUCGCACCAUAUCACGCAUCCCUGGAUGUGUCCGCCACUCGCUAAAGAUGGUGUUGGAUACCACCGAGAAGUAUGUGAAGGACGAGGAGGAUUCGGAUGUCGGCUGCUUGACAGCUAUUUUCUUGCCGACUAUGCUGCUGUUCCCGAUGAAUCGUGGCGGGACGGGCGGCCACCGCAAGUGGGGUUCUCGCUUCAAGCGUUUUUUGCUGGAGAAUGGCAAGGAUUACUCGACGAGUCCAGAAAUUUUGCUGAGCAGGGUCGCCACGUUUUCGCUCCACGUGGCGACGGACCAGUGGAAGGCGUGCCCGAGCCAUCCCUAGAGGAGAUCAAGCUGCGAGCGACAGAG